GGAGAGGCGGCGGUUGGGGGCUGGGUCUUCCAUCCACUGGUUCACUCCCCGGAUGGUCACAACAGCCGGCGCUGCACUGAUCUGAAGUCAGGAGCCAGGAGCUUCUUCUGGGACCCCCUACACAGGUGCAGGGGUACAAGGACUUGGGCCAUCUUCUACUGCUUUCCCAGGCCAUAGCACAGAGCUGGAUCGGAAAUGGAGCAGCCAGGACUGGAACCGGCGCCCAUAUGGGACGCUGGCGACCUUACCCGCUAUGCCACAGUGCUGGCCCCAAUGGCUACUUUUUCUGUAACCAGAGAAUCUGGGAAGGCCUCUUGGAGGAGGUGAUGUUUCAGCCGAGAGCGCAAGACGGGCGCCGUCCGUUGAGUGCUGGGGAGCAGAGGAAGUGCAGAGGGUUUUGAGAACAAACCCCUGUUGUCUGGAGGGAGAGCAGACAGAGGGGCCAGUGUGGCCGGAGCCCUGGGAGUCAAGGGAGCUGUGGUCAGCGCAGUCAGAGGGGGCUUGGAGAGGAGUCUGCAUUGGAGUUCCGUGUACCGGGAAGCCGCUGGAGGAUUUCAACGGGGCUGUAGUGCCGGGGACCUCAUGUUAAUUUAUUCCUGGGGUACGGAUUUAGGGUGAGGGGUCACGACGAUGGUGUCUGGGGUCCACCGAGAGCCCAGGGUGUGUGUGGGGGUAGUCAGAUCCUGGGUACCUGCCAGGGAGGAGGAUUGGAUGCUGCUGUUGGGGACCCAGGCUCGCUGAGGGGGUGACAGCUCGGCCACCGCGUGGGUCCGUGGGGGCCCUGGAGCCGGAUACCGGUGCGCUCCAGGCUGCUGGGGCGAAUCACUGAGAACUGCUCUUUCCCAGGAACUCUGCUACAGGGCGGUGCUUGGCGCACAGUAGGUGCUACAGCAGGCACUGGAGCCCAGUGGAUGGGAGGGGCGUCGUUCAGGGUGUUCCGGAACUGGGGAAGGGGCAAAUUCUUGGGUCUCCAGGCUGACGCUGGUCCCAAAUAUUAGUCCCUGAGACGGACAGGCUAAGGGGGACCCCGCCCCAGUCCUGGAGGAGGCUGGGGAGGGGGUGGGAAGAGGAGACUUGAUCCGCGGAGGUGCAGCAGCGGCGACUUAGAACUCCGAAUCCAGUUCCUGAAUUGGGUGCUCUGGGGAUGUUCGAGGGGGGGGUCCCCCGCUCUGAGGUUCCGAGGACCAGAAUGGGGGGGACGCGAGGGCGGUGGCGGGGCCUCCCCCUCCCGAGCCUCCGAGCUGAGCUGAGCACCCGCGGGCCGCUUCCUCCCACAGGAAACCGCAGGCGGCGGGCACACCCAGCCUGCAGGGAGAGGCGCCCACUCCUCGCCUGCCCGCCCCGGGGAGGCCCACGUGGGCAGCUGCGGGCCGCGCAGGGGGCGUGGCCGGAAGGCGGGGGCGUGGCGGGCGCCCCCGAGGCCUCCGCCCACUUCCGCCUCCGAGUGCGCAGACUCGGGAAGCCGCCCAGACUUUUUGGCGGCUUUACGGGAGGCCGUUGGGCGCGCAGGCGCAGUGAGUCGCUGUGAGGCCCGGCGACGGCGGCGAGGGCGCCCCCAUUUCACAACUCCCGGCUAGUGACCCCUCAGCCUAACGCGGUAUUCAGCAUCUGAAGACGGCCUCAAGGACUUCGGCCUCACCCGAAAGCCUCCCAGAUGUGUCCUUCCAGGCCCUGUCUGCCGCCGCUCACAGGCCCAGGGCCCUCCCAGCCCCGGUCUCCGGUCGCCACCGCCCUGCCCGGCCCCUUACUGACCCCUCGCCGGCCGCCGAGCCCCGCCCCGCGAAGACCCUGCACCUCCUCCCCUCCCAGCCCAGCGCGGACUCCCGCCGCCCGCCCACCGUGCCCCCGUCCGCCUGGAUCCCCCUGAGCCCCCCGGGGUCUUCCGCUCCGCAGCCGCCUCCGACCCCUCCCCAGCCUCGGCCCCUCCCCGGCCGCUGUCCCCGGGCCUCAUUGGCCUCUGGUCUCCCCAGUAACCGGACCACAACAGUGAGCAUCCGCGUCAGGGACAGGUCCCGCUUUCCGGCAGGAGCCCGGUCCUCUUAGGCCACGAUGCCGCUGGGACACUCUGCGGGGAGCAACCGCUCCGAGGACGGCAGCGAGGCCUUGCCGGAGGGGAUGGUGGACUGGGAGCUGAGCCGCCUGCAGAGACAGUGCAAGGUGAUGGAGGGGGAGAGGCGGGCCUACAGCAAGGAAGUCCACCAGCGCAUCAACAAGCAGCUCGAGGAGAUCCGGCACCUGGAGGAGGUGCGGGCCAGGCUCCAGAUGCAGAUCGGCGUGGCCCAGAGCCAGGUCAAGCGGCUGCAGGACAACGAGCGGCUGGAGCAGAUGGACCGCCUGCUGAAGUGCCGGGUCCGGGUGCAGGCCGAGGUGGACGAGCUGCAGGCGCAGACCAGGGCCCUGGACCAGGAGAUCCAGGAGUGGGAGACCCGGAUCUUCACCCAAAGUAAGGACGUCAUGGGCCCGGGGGUCGUCCUGGAGCAGAAGGUGAGGAUGCAGCGGCGGAUCAAGAUCCUGGAGGACCAGCUGGACAGGCUGGUGCGGAACGCGGCCCUGCGGGAGGAGCUGGACCUGCUGCGCAUCGAGAGGAACCGCUACCUGGAGGUGGACCACAGGCUAAGGAAGGAGAUGCACCUGCUGCAGCACAUGGUCAGCACCCUCAUCCUCUCCUCCACCUCUGCCUACGCCAUCAGGGAGGAGGCGAAGGUCAAGAUGGGCAUGCUGCGGGAGCGCGCGGACAAGGAGGUGGCGCAGAACGAGACGGAGGCGCAGGCGCUGCGGCGGCAGAUAGCGCACCUGGAGCGGCUGCACCGCUUCCUCAAGCUCAAGCACGACGAGCGGCAGCCGGACCCCGCCAUCCUGGAGAAGCGCGAGCAGCGCGCCCGGGAGGAGGCCGAAGGCCUCCGCAAGACCUCCCAGGAGAAGCUGGUGCUGCGCUACGAGGACGCCCUGAGUAAGCUGUCCCAGCUCACCGGGGAGAGCGACCCCGACCUGCUGGUGCAGAAGUACCUGGAGAUGGAGGAGCGCAACUUCGCCGAGUUCAACUUCAUCAACGAGCAGAACUCGGAGCUGCAGCGGCUGCAGGACGAGAUCAAGGAGGUGCAGGAGGCUCUGGUGCACGCGCGGGUCAGCGAGGAAAGCCGGCACUCGCAGCAGCAGACGGAGCGCGAGGUGCUGCAGCAGCGCGUGGACGCCGUGCGCUCCGAGUGCGAGAACCUCGAGG